CCCAAGGCUGGUCACCUGCUGGAUACUGUGGCCCCGCCCCCAUGGCCAAAUGCCCCCUGGGGCAUGCUGGGACAGGCCAGGGCUCCCCACAGCCAGGUCGGCCUGUCCGGAGGAAAGUUGGAGGGUAAGGCCGACCCAGCUGAGCAGAUGCUUGGAGACGUGAAGGAAAGCCACUUCCGGGGUUGAAAAUCCACGCACGGGGAUCCUGCUUCUUCGGGCCCCUCACCGAUCCAGAGGCGUUUGGUGGAAGGAACGUGACCCCAUGUCGUAGAGUUGCCUCAAGCAGGGACGGUGGGGCUGCGGCGAUUCGGCCCUGGAGGAAGCAGCCAGCUGCCGCCUGCAUCCUGCUUAGUGGCCUUUAGGACGAAGAUGCCGGCCCGGUGCUGAGCCAGGGCGGAGGGGUGCUGGCGGGCGGGCAGGGGGUGAAGACCCCGGCCCUGCUGCUUGCGCGCCCUGCUGACCGAAAUGGAGAACUUCCAGUACAGUGUCCAGCUGAGUGACCAGGACUGGGCUGAGUUCUCAGCCGCUACCGAGGAGUGUGGUCUCCUGCAGGCCAGCCUGGCCUCUGGGGAUGAGCUGCUGUCCAGUGACAUUGACCAAGGGGACAGCAGCGGCAGCAGUCCCCCCGGGCCCCGGCCCCUGCUUGGGGGGAGUGGCUGGCCUGGCUUUGAGGAGGAGGACCAGGCGGCCACGAAGCAGCUGGUCAGCAGGUCUUGGCAGGAGCCCGCCCUGGCCCUGGGGGCUGGUCAGCAGACGCCCAGCACGUCAGCACAGUCAGAAGCCCGGCCAUCCCUCCGCUCGGGCGCCGCCGCUCCCGGCCAGAGCGUGCCCCGCCAAGGGUCGGUGCCUUCCAAAGACGCGAUGCAGAGGCUUCUGCAGGGGCCAGCCCCCCGGGACCCUGCCCCUCGGCCCCCCGGUGAGCCUCCUCCGAGCCCUGAGUCCCCGGGCCGCAGCCCCAGAGGCAGCCCUCUGCCCCAGAGGCCCCCCGGCAGCCCUGGAGCCCCGCCCCGAAGCCCCAGCCGAAAGAAGAGGCGCGCUGCUGGUGCCAAGGGGGGUGGGCGCUCGAGUGCCGCGGGCUCUGCUCCCACCCCCCCGCUGGGCUCCCCGCUGCUCUCUGCGGCCAGGCCUGAUGAGGUCCGAGGCCCAGCUGGGUCCAGGGGGAAGGGCCCCUCAGCUGGGUCGGCCGAGCGGACAUCAGGAGCCGGGCAGGGUGAGCGGGGCCUGGAGUCUGCAGCGGCCCCUGAGCAGGUGGCCCGGCCAGGACUGGAUCUGUCUACACCUGUCCUCACUACUGAGCAAGGGUCGGACCCACUCAGCAUGACCCCCAGAGCUGGGCCACACGCUGUGGCCACACCUGCCCCAGAGCCUGGUCCAGAUUUCUCAAUGGCUAAGUCAGACCCGGCUCUGUCUACACCCGCCUCCAAGCCUCAUUCUGCCACGACUCUGUCUACACCCGCCUGCGGGCCUCAGCCUGACACGACUCCGUCUACACCCUCCUCCAAGCCUCAUCCUGACACGACGCCAUCUACACCUGCCUCCAAGCUUCAUCCUGACACGAUAUCGGUCUACACCCGCCUCCAAGCCUCAGCCUGACAC